AUGAUGAGUCCUCAGUCGGAAGGGGGUCCAUCUGGCCAACAUGGUGGACAGUAUACAGCGUAUGAUCCGGACAGAGGCAGCGUUCCUGCAGAGUAUACCAGACAACAAUACCCUGAUGAUAGGAGCCGAUAUCAAACGGAGAGAGAAGGGCAAGAUGGGCCACUUCCCAGACCCAAUGGUGCUUUCGCGUCGGAUAGCAGAAUGGCUGCAUCACCUUCUGGAAGUGCAAGUGGAAGAGAAAGAGACAGGGAAGGCGGACUACCAAAGACGAGCGGAGAACGCAAUCGGUCAAGGACAAGAAACGGAAGGACCGCGUCAGGACAGCUGAGACUCUGCAAGAAAUGCGGUGAGCCUUUGACAGGGCAAUUUGUUCGAGCGCUAGGGGGAACAUUUCACUUGGACUGCUUCAGAUGUCGAGACUGCGGAGAGAUAGUUGCCUCGAAGUUUUUCCCUGUUGACGAUGAGAAUGGUGAUGGCCAAUACCCUCUCUGCGAAACCGACUACUUUCGAAGACUGGAUUUGAUCUGCUAUAAGUGUAACGGUGCCUUGAGAGGAUCAUACAUUACGGCUCUAGAUCGGAAAUAUCACAUCGAUCAUUUCACGUGUUCAGUUUGUCCUACCGUCUUUGGAGCACAAGACAGUUAUUACGAGCAUGACAGCCAAGUCUACUGUCAUUACCACUAUUCGACUCAAUUUGCACAAAGAUGUAAUGGAUGUCAAACUGCAAUUUUGAAGCAGUUUGUUGAAAUCUUUCGAAAUGGUCAGAAUCAACAUUGGCAUCCUGAAUGCUACAUGAUUCAUAAGUUUUGGAAUGUUCGCCUCGCUUCAUCACAAGAGAAGCAAGACAAAGAUGAGACAAAGGCCAUUGAGGACACAACCGAUGAAGCAGGUCGAAAUGCUGUUCGGGAUCUGGAGGAGAGAAUGGAGGAGAAGGUUUACAAGAUCUGGAGUGUGCUUUCAACCUUUGAGGAGUCCUCAGCUGCUUGCAUCUCCGACAUGCUCCUGCAUGUCAGCAACGGGGCCUAUGUGGACGGAGUGUUAGUUGCCAAGAAAUUCAUUUGGCAUGUGGAUAUUCUGUUUCGCUCUGCUGACAAGCUCGAUUCUACUAUGUCCUCACUAGGCCCAAAAGGAUUGUCUUAUUCAAGAGAGGCGAAGUUGCUUUGCAAGAAGAUCGUAGCUUUCUUCUCGCUUCUGUCGAAAAGUCAAGAAGGAGGAGUUAGAAAACUUGGAGUUACCCAAGAGCUGCUCGCGUUGGUAACUGGCUUAGCUCAUUAUCUGAAGCUUUUGAUCAGAAUAUGCCUGCAGGGCGCUUUGAAGGUUGAGCGAGAGCAUCAGAGCUCGCAAUGCCUGCAGGAAUUUCUGGAUGAUCUUGGUGAUUUGGAAGCCAUCAAGAAUGAGGACUCUCUUGAAACUACCACAGGAACAUCGAACCUCAGCGGCUCAAAUCCAGAUCAAUGCGUCAACUGUCGGAGAACCAUCGAAGAUGAAUGCACACGGUUGGGAGAGCGGAGAUGGCACUUGAGCUGCAUGAAAUGUGCCAACUGUACUCGAGAGCUUGGUCAAAGCCUUGAGGAUGCCACAUGGUCCGAUCAGGAUCAAAGAGUCUUUUGCACCAAUUGUGAAGUGCGAACGCAAGGAUCGGUAGGUGGGUUCGAGCGGGUAACAAGACUUCAGGAGUAUGUUUUCUUGUUGCGAGUCUCCCUGGCUCGAUUGCUGGACAUGCUACGAACUAGUGGCAGUCUUCCACAUACCUCCGAUGACCCCAAUUUGAACGGUUACGACUCUUCUGAAGGCCAUCGUUUACCUGCUCACAAUGAAGCACCGUUAUUGAAAUCCGAUACUCGUUCGAAGUCGUACGGCGGGAAUUCGGACGACAAGCGUGGCUCUUCUUCCUACGAGAACACUCUCAACGAUGUUCGUCGGCUACGAAGUACACGAAUGGACAAGCACCUAUCAUCAACUAUCAAGAAAGCCCGAACGUCACGAGUAUUGGAAGGUCCAGAUGGUCGAGGUAUAAGACCUGGAUCCGCUGGUGCUGACGGAUCCGAACAACGAGACCCUAACCUACAGGUAGUUGAUGAGAGAGAUGUUACUGGAGCGUCGCGCACGGAGCUCAUGUUCAGUGGCAGUAACGGUAUCACUCUCGACGACAUCCCGAGAAUUGUGGCAGCUGAGCAAGCCAAAGAGCAACGCCCAAAUGCCUACAAGCAUGCUCGCCAUGAGAUAUUCCGAACUUCCAUCACUGAGCCAAAGCUUAUCAACGGCCACCAGCGCAAUUUGUCCAGUGGCAAUCCUCUCGAUCAACCAGGUGUAGGUGAGCCGUCUCCUCAACGACGAGAAGGCAAGAGAUACUUUUCCGAACUUUCUGCCUUGGAGUAUUUCAUUGUUCGACAUGUAGCUGUUAUUGCCAUGCAACCGAUGCUAGAGGGUCACUUCACCAUGGAAGAGCUACUCAACUUGAUCGAGACUAGAAAGCCUACAUUUUGGACGAAGGUUGGCAAAGCUCUCAAGACUGACGGCAAAAAAGGCGGAAAGAAGAAAGGCGUUUUCGGUGUGCCUCUCGAGGUUAUCAUCGACAGGGACGGUGCAGACUCAACUGAGGGCAUCGGACCUGGCACAUUGCGGAUCCCAGCAAUGGUUGAUGAUGCUGUGACCACCAUGCGGAAGAUGGAUCUCUCAGUAGAAGGUGUUUUCAGGAAAAACGGCAAUAUCAAGCGUCUGAAUGAUACUAUGGCGACAAUUGACCGAGAUGGAUGCGAAGCUGUCGACUUCUCGAAGGAAAACGUUGUCCAAGUUGCUGCUAUACUCAAGAAGUAUCUCCGGGAGCUUCCAGAUCCACUAUUAACCUUCAAGCUACACAGACUCUUCAUUGCAUCACAGAAGAUUGCAGACGAAGACAAGCGGCGACGGAUCCUCCAUUUGACUUGUUGUCUGCUUCCAAAAGCUCACCGGGAUUGCCUCGAAGUCCUUUGCGCUUUCUUUAACUUCGUCGCUUCCUUCCACCAAGUUGAUGAAGAAUCAGGGUCAAAGAUGGACACGCAUAAUCUUGCUACUGUUAUUGCACCUAAUAUCCUCUACACCAAUGCAAAGACUCCCGUUGACGAUAACUUCUUGGCGAUCGAAGUCGUACACACGCUCAUUGAAUGUAAUGAGCAGAUGUGCGAAGUCCCUGAAGAUCUUCAAUCGAUUUUGAGCGACCAAACUCUUUUCAACAAUCCCAGUGACAUUACUACGAAGGAGAUCUUGAAGCGAUAUGGUGACCUAGGUGCAGCGGGCGGCCCACGCCGAACAGUUGAGACUGAAUCUUCCCCGCUGGGCAAAUCCAAAGAUGGUCGCCCGUUGGCACCUGUCGUAACUCGAGUCGACACAGAUCCAUCUCAGGCAUAUGCCUGGCAGAAGGAGAGUAGUGUCCGUCACGUUCAGGAUCCUCCUGCGCCUUACGCAGGAAGCUCCAACCAGAAUACACCCCCACAACAGCAGUGGCAAGGACAAGACCUUGAACACCCGUCUCCGUAUCCACAGCGCAAUGGCACCCCUGACAGUCAACACGAUACACGACGAGAAUACCGAAACUCAGGAUGGGGUCGACCUCAAAACGGCUCAGUCGGCGUCACAGGAGCUGGAUAA